AUGAAGCUACUAGUGGUGUUGGUUCUUUGCGGGAUCUGGAUCGAAAUGGUGUCCUGCCGAAGGAAGAUUCAGUGUCGCAUGUUGCAAUCUGUACCGGAUACGGCAACGGUGGCUCCGGUUCCAACCCAAGUGCACAUUAUCAACAGUACCGAGUUUGAGAUGAUAAUGACAAAACUAGACGCAUUGGAUCUGCGGUUGAUUAAAACGGAAUUUGCGGUGCAGGACAUGGUCCAAACGAUCGCCAGUGACGUGGUUAAUUUGGGCCAAGUGGUUGAAAAGCUGGCUUGGGUGGCCAGUCAAACCGAGCUGUCGAGUAGUUUUGUCGAGCACCACGUGAAGUUGAUCGAGUAUAACCUAACUACUCUGCAGAAGGACGUUCGAGACCUGCUCAGUUUUCAGCAGCGAUUGCCGACAAGAAGUUACAUCGAAAAUGCGUUGGUCAAACUGAAGUUUACCCCGGCACCUCAAGAGCCGAUAACCGAGGAGAAAAUGCAAACCAUUGUGGAAACCAUGCAAGCUAUAAUGGAGGAACCGACGUAUGAGUACUGUGACCAGUUACCAGAGAAUAGUGCUUCUGGGAUUUAUGUCAUCCAGCCGGAUGGUGAUUUUCGAGAACCGAUGAAAGUUCUGUGUAACCAGACCUUCAUGAGCGGUGGCUGGACAGUGUUUCAAAGUCGAUUCAAUGGAACAGUGAACUUUUACCGGGACUAUCAUGAGUAUGUUCGGGGCUUUGGAAAAAUGGACGGUGGAGAAUUUUGGCUCGGUCUCGAUAGAAUUCAUCGGCUGACCUACUCGGCGCCACACGAAUUGGUGGUGGUAAUGGAAGACUGGCAGGGAGUUUCCAAGUAUGCAAGGUACGAAAACUUUGAAAUAGCGGGAGCGUUCGAGAAUUACAAGGUGAACAAGAUCGAUGGAUACUCGGGAACGGCGGGAGACUCCCUGAACUACACGUUAAAUGCAUUCUUCACCAGCUUCGAUCAGGAUCAUGACACCAACGAGAGGGAAAACUGUGCCAUCAAGUAUCAUGGGGCGUGGUGGUACAAAUCUUGUCAUUCGAGUAACCUGAACGGGAAAUAUUUGCGUGGCAAUACCAACGAGUUCGGUGCUGGAAUGAACUGGAACUCUUUCCACGGGAUGAACUAUGCGCUGAAGUCCUCGAUGCUGAUGAUCAGACGUCGGCUGGAUAUGAUCGACCUGGAGGCUACGCGGAAUCAUAAGGUGACGGUCGUUGAUAAACCAGAGGAUACGGAUGAAAUCAAUACGCUGGAAUAA